CCGCAUCCGCUGCCAUGGCGACGCUCCUGCGCCGGGCCCGCCGCCCCCUUCGCUGGUCUCCCGGCGGCCCCUGGCCUGCCACAGAUGUGCUCCUCAGGACCCGGAGCCACGGUGCCCGCCGGCUGUACCCAGACCACAUCCCCACCUCCCCGCUGCAGAAGGCGCUGCUGGCCGCCGGCUCGGCGGGGAUGGCGCUCUACAACCCCUAUCGCCACGACAUGGUUGCAGUUCUAGGGGAGACCACUGGACACUGUACCUUGAAGGCCCUCAGGGACCAGAUGAAAAAGGAUCCAGAAGGUGCCCAGAUCCUACAGGAGCGUCCUCGUAUUUCACUGUCUACCCUUGACCUGGGUAAGCUGCAGAGCCUGCCUGAAGGCUCCCUUGGCCGCGAGUAUCUCCAGUUCCUAGAUGUGAAUAGGGUCUCCCCAGACACCCGAGCACCCACACGCUUUGUGGAUGAUGAGGAGCUCGCCUAUGUGAUUCAGCGGUAUCGCGAGGUGCAUGACAUGCUGCACACCCUGUUGGGGAUGCCCACCAACAUCCUCGGGGAGAUUGUGGUGAAGUGGUUUGAGGCUGUGCAGACAGGCCUGCCCAUGUGCGUCCUGGGUGCACUCUUUGGACCCAUCCGCCUCCGUGCUCAGAGCCUGCAAGCACUGGUCUCGGAGCUCAUCCCAUGGGCAGUUCAGAAUGGGCGCAGGGCCCCUUGUGUCCUCAACCUCUACUAUGAGCAACGCUGGGAGCAGCCCCUGACGGCUCUGCGGGAGGAGCUGGGUAUCACGCCGCCUCCUCUGCACAUCAGGGGCCUGGCCUAGCCUGGACUCUGGCACAAGAAGGGCCUGGCCUUAUUUCCUAUGCUCUGCCUCCCUAUGGGCAGGGGGCCUUUGCCAGUGCCUGUGUUCCUUCUCUUUGAACCAUGACUGUAGGACAUCAUUUAUCAUAAUUGUCACAUCCACUUCUCUAUGGCCUUGAGAGCUGGGGAGAGAGCACGCAGGGCAGUGGGGCCCUCAGGCUGCUGGAAGCCGCCCAAUGAAAGGCAUAUAAACACGAAGGUUCACCACCCAGGAUCAUGCUGAUGUUCAGUGGGAAGCCCCUCUUGCGGACACCUUCUAGUCAGGGAUUUCUGGGGGCCAGGCUGGUUGUGACCCAUGGAUUUGAGAGCUGCAUCCAGUUCCAAAAACUUGAGCAAAGGGGGGCAGAGUGGGAGGCAUCUAGUGCCUGGAUAAAUAAAGGCUCCCAUGAGG